AUGUCAAAUUGGGACUUUGGAUAUUUUUUUGGUGAAAUUUCGAAUGAGUCAUAUGUCUCCGAAAGCGUUUGGUUACCCGGCGUUGAUCGAGGUGAGGAGGAGGUGGUUUCCGUGCGUCCGCAACACGCCGGAACUUACCAUUCGCAUCCGGAAGGGAGUGUGCGGUCCGUGGUGCCUGAUUUGAACCAGGAAAAACAACGCAAGCUGAAAAAGUCCGAGGAAGGUGCUUUUGACAUCGAGGAAGACGAGAACAAAAUCGAGAAAGGUGUUACACACUUCGAGGAAAGUGAUCAAGACGAGGAAGAUGGUGGUGGCUGGGACGAUGGUGGUGGCUGGGACGAUGGUGGUGGCGGGGACGAUGGUGGUGAAAAGGACGAUGGUGCUAAUGACCCGAAAAAACAAGGAAAGGUAUUUGCGACACUUCACGAGUUAAAGAAUUGGGCUUACAAAACAGAAAUUGCGAAAGGUUACGUCAUUGUGACCCAACGAACGGUAACAAAAGGUGAAGAUUCGUCAGCAAGGACAGUGAAGAUAUGGUUGCAAUGCGACCGUGGAGGCACAUGCAAAAGUAAAGCAACAGUUCGGCGUUCUGGUAGCAAGAAGAUUGGGUGUCCUUUUAAAAUGAUAGGGAAACUAGACGCAAGUAGUGGCAAUUGGAGCUUAGUGGUGAAGCAAAAGGAUCAUAACCAUGAGCCUGCGGUAUUUCUCGAGGGUCACGCGUUUGCAAGAAGGUUGACCCCAGACGAAGAAUUAUUGGUAGAGAGACUUUAUAUUCAAAACAUGGAGCCUACGAACAUACAUUUAACCAUAAGAAAACAAAACCCACAGAGCGUGUGCAUUCUACGAGACAUACAAAACGUGAUAAAAAAGAUUAAAGUCAAAAUGUACGGUGAUCGGACUCCAAUGCAGAUAUUGGAGCAAAUGUUGCAUGAAGGAAGGUAUGUUUACCAUACCCGGGUGAAUCCCGAAACAAAUGCGGUCGAGGAGGUUUUUUUUUUCAUUGGUACUCGUACGAUAUGUGGCGUGCUUUCCCACAUGUGUUGA